AGUCAAAAAACUAAUCUUUUUGGUCUACUGUCAUUUUUCUUUCUGCAAAAAUGGAUUGAUGUUUCGAAGUGUGUAGUGGAUUUGAAAUGCAAUUUAUAUAAUUGUAACAUCCUCGCAUGAUUAAAAUUGCAUCCAGUGCAAAUCUCGAGGCGAGCAAUGUCGGUGCAGUUGGUAGAUUCGAGUGGAAAAGAUGACUUGAAGACCCAGUUUGUGACUCGCGAAGGCGAGUAUAGAUUGAUGACGCUGUCGGAGUACUCACGGCCAAAUCGUGUUGGAUAUCAAAAUAAUCAGAGCAACCCCCAGGUGAGGGUUUCGUUAGUGACACUUCCAUCGUCAGCGCAGCAGACGACGUCCCAACAGCAGAAAACAUUUGCCGAAAAUGGCAACAAUCCUAGCGGGAACCAGGUUUCUGCGCUGUCUACAACUGCUGGGUGCGGAGUGACACCGGAGAGCUCCAAUGGCCGCGAGCAGAUCCAUAACAACAUUGCUGGUGUUGCUGGACUGUCACCUCCCAGCUGUUCUCCGUCUGUUGGGGGCGACCGAAUUUGCUUCAAUUACGGAAAGGAACUUUAUGUUUAUGCUUAUCGUGGAGUGAAAAAGGCUUCGGAUUUGAGCAAACCAAUUGAUAAAAAAUUGUACAAGGGUACAAAUCCCAGCUGUCACGAUUUCAACGCAGCUGCAGCUACGUAUGAAGGUGCUCCACUCCUAGUUGGAUUCAGCACAGGUCAGAUACAGCUAGUGUAUCCCGGAAGACGAGAACAAGGCAAAUUGUACAACGAAGAGAGAUUAAUAGAUAAGACGAAAGUUACCUGCUUGAAAUGGAUACCAGGCUCAGAAAAUCAUUUCUUGGCGUCGCAUGCUAGUGGUUGCUUGUACGCCUAUAACGAAGAACUGCCAUGCACACCCACUACGCCAAGUUAUCAGCCUUAUAAGUGCGGUGAUGGUUACAUUAUACUUGCGUGCAAAUCUAAAUCGACGCGUAAUCCACUGUUUAAAUGGUGCUUUGGUCAACAAGAGAACGCGAGCAUAAACGAGUUCUGUUUCUCCCCAUGUGGCCAGCACUUGGCGAUAGUCUCACAGGAUGGGUUUCUUCGUGUCUUCCAUUACAGUAACAUGGAGUUGAUUGGAAUAGCACGAUCCUAUUUCGGAGGUUUUCUGUGUGUCUGCUGGAGUCCGGACGGAAAAUACGUUGUUGUUGGGGGUGAAGAUGACCUCGUUACUGUAUACUCCUUACACGAACAACGGGUUGUCGCAAGAGGCCAAGGUCACCGCUCCUGGGUAUCCGUUGUUGCUUUUGACCCAUACACAACGUCAUAUUCUAAUUGGAAUGGAGAAGAUUUUUCGGACGAUGAUAAUCCUAUAAAUGACGGUUAUAAGCAUUGUUACGUGCCCAAUAAACAUGCUGGUAGUGAAUCAAUGACGACGGCUGGUUUACGUCGUCCAACUUCAGCUUGUAGGAAUAGUGUUUCUACGUCAGACAAACUUGCCACGUGCUACAGACUAGGAUCGGUGAGUCAGGAUACUCAGCUAUGUUUAUGGGACAUAACGGAGGACGUUCUAAGGCAAUCUAUUGGCCGCCUAAGUCGUAAUUUAAGCCUAGCAGAACAUACAACAUGUAACCCAAAAAGUGAAUUUCCAAAUAACGCAAAUAAUGUUGGAAAAACAGCGACAUCUAUUAAAGACUCGUCGAAAACAAUAGCUAACGCAUCAUCAAUCGAUGAUAGCGAUACUGUGGAUAAUGCUAAUAUUAAUGCAAAAAAAAUAUCUUUAACUAGUAAUAAUAUAAAUACUGCUAUGAAUUGUGAUGAUAGUAAUAGCAACAAUAGCAGUGAAAAGGGUUCAACAACCAGCGUUGACGGCAAGCAUGUUAAAAAUCAUGUAACUAAAGAAAAUAGUAUUGUUAAUACAAGUAAUGUAUCUACUGUCGUCGGAUCUUCUAAUAAAAAAGAUAAAGAUAAUCUCGGCGAUAAAAACUCAAAACUAGAAUCGAAUCAUCACCACCAGCUAACGUUGAAUUCAAUUACGCAGCGAUUUUCAAAUCUUGGAUUUGGCAACAGCGGCACCAACAGCAGCAAUAACAGCGAAAAAAGUGAAAAAUCAGGCAAAAGCAGCAAAAGAAAUAUCAUAUCGCUUACAGGCAAAUCCAGUAUCAGCAAUAACCUACACAAUAGUUCAAAUAAUAAUCAUUUCCAAUAUUCUAACUCAUUGAACAACAACAGUCAGGUCAACAAUAACGUUGAUCAAACUAUUUCCACUUCCUCGUCUAGCAGCGGUGGAGGCGGAGGAGGAGGUGGUGGAAGUAUAUCUAACGCGAUAACAUCAAUUAUGACUGCAUCGCUCACGAAAAAUAAACGCGGCGAUGGCAGUGGAACGACAGGUAGCGGUACUAGCAUAAUAUCAUCGUACGAUCCAAUGAAGCUAAUUGGAACUCCGGCGUGUCCGAGAUUCGACGAUUGUCCAGUAUUAGAACCAUUGGUGUGUAAAAAAAUUGCACACGAACGAUUGACGGCAUUAAUAUUUCGAGAAGAUUGCUUACUCACAGCGUGCCAGGAUGGAUUUGUGUACACGUGGGCAAGGCCUGGUUACAUCAAUCUACCACAGCAUUUACCUCCAAGCCCUACGGCACCUCCCGGCGGAACGGUAGUGUGAAAGCAUCAUUAGUCCAGAUUUUAAAACGCAUAUGUACAUUUUUUACUAUCACGAUUGUUAAGCAUAUUUAAGUUGUUUUGUUUUUGUUCUUGUGUAUAAAAAUGAAAAAAAGUGUAAAGAGAUGGAAAAAUUAUAUGAUCGCAAAAAGCCGUA